GUAGGAUUUGUAAAUGCGUAUGGCGGACUGUAGGGUGUUGUACUGCCGUUUGUUACCAGCAGUGGACAGCAACAAGCAGCAACAGUCUCUCCAGAGAUACGCUCUUGUGCCAGAGGUGGAUGUGGAUGUAUGUGGGAUUGAAUCAGGGCGAACUGGGCUGCCACUGUCAUAGAGAACAGCACAGAACUAGUACAAUAGCGAAACAUGGCUACUGAGACGAUAUCAGCCUGCACCGGAUCCAACUUACUACAGCCAAUAAGCGAGAUAACCAACCUUCCGUUAGAUCAGGUGAACUUUGUAGUAUGUCAGCUCUGUGCCCUGCUCACGGCCGUGUGGUUCAGGCUCUAUCUGCACCCCAGCAAAACCAGUCCUUUUGUGCGGCAUGUGGUGGCCACACUGCUGGGCAUCUACUUUGCCCUCUUCUGCUUUGGCUGGUAUGCUCUUCAUUUCUUGCUCCAGAGUGGCAUUACUUAUGGAAUAAUGAUUCUGACUGGAGUCGAGCACAUGCACAAAUACUGUUUGGUAUUCGCUCUGGGUUAUCUAAGCUUCUGCCAAAUUACCCGGGUUUACGUCUUUGAUUACGGAAUGUACUCUGCAGAUUUCACGGGGCCGAUGAUGGUCAUCACACAGAAGAUAACCAGUGUGGCCUUUGAGAUCCAUGAUGGAAUGGCACGGAAAGAAGAUCAACUAAACCAGGGUCAAAAACUGUUGGCCAUAAGACGAAUGCCCAGUUUAUUGGAGUACUUCAGUUAUAAUUGUAAUUUCAUGGGGAUUUUGGCUGGUCCCACCUGCUCUUAUAACGAUUACAUAGCCUUCAUCGAGGGCACCCCCUAUCGCCACCGAGACCUUGAGACCAAAGGAAAAGUCAAUGGGAAGAGCAGACUGAACGACCCUUCACCAAAUACAGAGGUCAUCCGGAAACUGGCCACC